UUUAUCUAAUUUUGUAUUUCUUUUUAGACAUGGAAACUGUUUCAAAAGAUCAAGAUUCAGUUCCUAAGCAGAGGACUUCUACAGAAGAAUCAUCCUAUGGAGUAAAUAUGACAAGGUUUACCAAAAGUGAACAUCCUUUCUUGGAAGACUGGAAAAGUGAGGAUUGGUUACAUGGAAUCCAGAAAAAUCAGAACGUAAGUUUGCUGCAAGAGUCUUCUAAUCAUAAAACUGUCUGCACAGAGGAGGGAGACUCUAAAUGUAAUGAAAAUAAGAAAAGCCUUAAUUCAGUUAGCUCUAUAUGGGAUAUACAACAGGGAAUUGCUAUGAGAAAGGGUCUCACAAAAGAACACAAGUUUAAAACUAAUUUCAAAUCCAAUUCAGAAUUAGUGGGUAAGAAACAUUUAGAAUAUAAUGAAUGUGGAAAUUCCUUGAAUCUAAGUACACAUAUUAUUCAAUCCCCCAAAAGUCACACAACAGUGAAUUCCUAUGAAUGUUAUCAAUGUGGAAAAGCCUUCAGCAGGACUUCAUCCCUCAUUCGACAUCAGAUCAUUCACACUGGAGAGAAACCCUAUAAAUGCAGUGAAUGUGGGAGAUUGUUCAACCGAAAUACAAACCUUAUAAAACAUAAAAAAAUUCAUACUAAGGCUAAGAUUUAUGAAGACAAUAAAAGUGGAAAAGCCUUGUGUAAGAGUGAAGACAAUAAUAAAAACCCAAGACUCCAUUCUGGAGACAGUUCCUAUGAAUGUGUUGACUGUGGAAAAUCCUUCAACCGCAGCUCUUCCCUUAUUCGACAUCAGAUGAUUCAUACAGGAGAGAAACCAUUCAAAUGUAAGGACUGUAAAAAAACCUUCAACAGACAUUCAAACCUUAUUAAACACCAAAAACUUCAUGCUAGAGAUCAAUCCUGAAAAGGAAGAAAUACUAGAAAACCUUCAGUCAGAGUGUAGAACUCAUUCAGCAUCCAUGAAUUUUUGCUAGAGGGAAUCCCACGCAUAUAAGAAAAUAUUUGUCACAGAUUAUUCUUUAAAUGAUGUAACAAUAUUGGAGAGAAAUCUGUUUGAGGGAUCUUUUCCAGAUUCCCAAAAUGAAGCCAUAAGAGUUUGAAGUUAAUACAAAGACUAGUAUGGUAAUAUGUUUUUGAUUAUUUUGAUGUAACCUUCAUCUUUCUUUAGUCCAUAAAAUGUUAUCUGUAGCAUACUUGUGCUUAUCUGAUUUAUUAAUGAAGUAUCUAUUAGGGAGAAGCCAAGCAAUAUUGUUGAUGAUAUUCAAUAUUAAACUGUUGGUCCUUAUAAGAAAGUCACACACACAUAAAAAGGAGCUUUUGAUGAUAUAUGAAGAUAGUUCUAAGGAUUAAUGGGAAAGAGUACAGUGAAAGACUGUUACUUCACCCUUGACAAUAUCCUUGGCAACUAGAAUUGGGAGAAACUUAUCAAUUGCAAUGGGAAAUGGGUGUGGGUUUGUUCAGUUAUAUAUAGUCUUAAUAUUUCAUUUUUUUAAAAAAGCACUUUCUGAGAUCUAGGAUGGAGAAACAUUGUAGCCUUAGGUCUGACAUUAGUUCCAGACAUUCUGGGGUCAAUAAAAUGUCUUACUAUUUUGUGUGCUAGAAAUGUAUUUACUAUAGGGUAGCUCAGGGUCCCAAAUUGUUUCUUAAGCCAAGAAGCAUGUCUUAAUCUACCCAAAUGAUUACUACUGGAGACAUUCCCAAUAAAUAAUGAUGCUGGCUUUUUGUCGAAAGUUCUAAACUAAUACGAAAGUCAAAUCUUCCUCUUAUUACCCUCUUAUAAGUAUUCCCUUACAAAACUAUUUGUAAUUACAUGCAGAGCCCACCCAGUUAAUUCAGAUAAUUUCCUGAUCUUAAAAUCCUUAAUCACAUAUGUACAAAGAUUUUUUAUAUAUAUAUUUUUAAGUUUUCCAGGAUUUUUUUUUUUAAAUCGUUCACAGGGUCUAGGGAUUAGGGGUCUGGGUAUCUUUGGGGAAGAGGAACAUUAUUCAGCUCCCCACUGCUAUGACAAAUUACCACAAAUUUAGCAACUUAACACAAAUGUAUCAUAGAUCUUCAGGAUAUAAGUCUGGGUCUUAAUUGGACUAAGAUGUCAAUAGGCUGUGUUCUUUCUUGGAGAUUCUAAAAGAGAAACUCUUUUGCCUGUUCCAAACUUCUAAAGGUACUCAGAUUAUUUGGUCUGUGGCUCUUCCUCCAUUUACACAGCCAGUAGUGUUGCCCUCUUCUUCCAUAGUAACAUCUUUCCCUGACUAGCUCUCCUCUCCUCUCCCACUUUUAAGGACCUUCUGAAUAAACUAAGGCCCCCAGAAAACCCAAGACAAUCUCUUUAAAAUCCUCUAAUAAAUAAUUGUAAUAUCAUCUACAACUUUAAUUUCCUUUAGCCAUGGAAUCUAACAGAUUCUCAGGUUCUGGGAUUAGGACAUGGAAAUCUCUAGUGUGCUAUUAUGCUCCUUACCAGAGUACACCUCUGUUAUUUGUGCUGACAAACUAUCCCAGAAUUAAGCCUGAACCCAUAUUUUUCAUAUUGUUUAAGGGGUAGUAGAAUCAAGCUUCAGCAGCAGCACAAUGCAAUUGCUUAUCUCCUCUAUUAUCUGAGUAGAAAAAAAUUAGAUCCUAAACUCAAAAGACCAAAAUCAGUGAAGUACUUUAAAACCUAAUUAUUGUUUUCCUUCUUAAAAUUAACGUCUCAAAUAGUCUAACUGAAAGAUUAUGAGCUAUUAAUAAAACUUACCAGUAAGACCAGUCCCUGUAUUUUUUCAGCAUUGCAUCUAUGAACAACAUCCUCUGAGCAGAGUCCACUGCCACAUCUUUGAAUGUCAUUGUCCCCUAAAAUAUCAAACAUUUCUGCUAACUGUUGAUUCCUCUAAAAAUAUCAAGAGUUUUGCAAACUGGAACAAGUUGAGAGGGGGAACAAGAUAUUGCUCUUACUUUUGAUGAGAUAUUAUUUGGAAAUCUAAUUUUGUGUUAUACCAUGCAAGACAGUCAAAAGCUGGUGAUAGAGUUUACCACUCUAAAAAAUGAGGCUAGAGUAGAAUAAUUUAUGACAUAAUUAGAAAAAAAUGUAUAAUAUAGCAGAGGGUCAAAAUGGUUUAAAGUCUUCAAACUACACACCUUCCCCAACCAUAACAAGUAUACAAGGAUGUUUUGUAUAUUUCUUUUUCAUUGGUUUAUAUGAUAAAAUAUAAUACUUGUAUACAAUAAAAUAGGGAAAGUCAUAAUAAGUCCCUGAAAGAUUUCACAAAGUACAGAAUUACUAUUGGAGGGAUAAGAAGGUUUCACAGUGAUGGACCAUAAAAGGUGGAUAUUGUUUAUUUAGAUGAUGGGAAUAGCUAUACAAAUAAUGGGUAAAGAACAAAGUAGAUAAAUCUUUUAAUUGUAAAGAAAAAAAAAAACUUUGAGGAAAAAAGCAUUCAUCCAUCUCCCCACCAAUUAGACUCCCCAAGUAAACAUUGUUAUUGAUGUUUCUUUCCAGGAAAUCUCAACACAUGUAAAAUAUAUACGGAGAGAAAAUAGAGCAGUGAUUGUCUAGACAUGAGGGGUGGAAGUAUAACUGUAAGUGGAUACAAGGGAAGAACUAGUAGUGACAGAUUAUUUGAAAACUGGAUUGGGACAGUGCACAACUCUAUAAGCUUACUAAAAUCAACUAUAUACUGAUGAUGGACUAUAUAUAAAUUGUAUGUCAUUGAGGCUGUUAAGAAAUAGACAU